AUGGCUUCGAUAUCAGGCCUCUCCAUGGCGGACCUCAACGCCGCCGCUCUCGAGCACUUUGUCUACACCCCGGUCAGCAAGGACAUGAUUUCGUACCUCGCGGCCGCCGCUUCCAAUGUCAUCCAGUGCGAUGCCACCAUGAUGCCUCCGCCGCCCCAAAGCCGGACACAGAACCCGACGCCGCCCAGGACACCGUCGCCCCGCGCCGUCCGCAGCGACGAUUCCGGGCUGCCCACAUUGGAAGACUUCAUCACCAAGCUUGUCGUCUCCUCCAAUGUCCAGGUCCCCACCCUGAUGUCGACUCUGGUCUACCUCACACGGUUAAGGUCCCGGCUCCAGCCCAUGGCCAAGGGUCUUCGGUGCACCACCCACCGCAUCUUCCUGGCGGCUCUGAUCCUCACUGCCAAGUACCUCAACGACAGCUCUCCCAAGAACAAGCACUGGGCCGCUUACUCUAACCUCACCACCGACGCCUACAACUUUGGCUUCAGCCGCACCGAGGUUAAUCUGAUGGAGAAGCAGCUUCUGUUCCUGCUCGACUGGGAGCUCAGAAUCACCGAGGACGAUCUCUACCACGAGCUCGACGUCUUCCUUGCGCCUAUCCGCGAUGAGAUCGAGGCCAAGCACGUCCGCCGCAUUCAGCGCAAGGAGGCUCUCCGCCGGCAGCAGCAGCUCGAGGCCGAGGCUUGGGCAGUGUCCCAGUACUCGUCGCCUCCUGUUUCUCGCGAGCACUCGCAGUCGAGAGCUGCCAGGCUGGCUACUCCUCCACGGGAAACCAUCCGCAUGGUCCACGAUGCUUCGACUCCUCCUGGCUUGGCCUACAGCUCGUCCGGUAGCUCUUACGCAUCGUCGGUCUCGUCCCAGCAGCACUCGCGGUCCUCAACGCCACUCACGGACCCCGAAGAGGUCCCACACCACGUUUACGACUGCUCUCUGUAUGAGUCACCAGUCGAGAUUGUUCCGGACAUGCUGCACUCAGCCACCAUGGGCAAGACGUGCCAAAGCAGUGGCAAGCAGUUGCUGCCGUACGAGAUCAGCCCCGAGCAGCUCAGAGAGCUUCAAGACGGCACCGUCAAGGCAAAGCGCGGGCGGACUGCCCGCGGCGUCUUUGGGCGCAUGUUUGGCACUGCGGCAACACGAUGA